AUGGACGAUAUGAACACUAAUGAGGGGCUGUAUGUUGUUGCCAAAAUAACCACCAAAGAGCUUAAUAGCAGCGAUCAAGUGCGUAUCCCUGACGCUAUCGAAAAUCAGUACGAUACUUCAUCUUCUCUCGAUUCUCCAACUCUUUCGACGCGACGAUGGGAGUAUCUAGAAAAUGGUUUCUCCACAUCUGCAGUACCCAAAGGAUCAUCCACAUUAUCUCUUUUAUCCAAAGACUACAAGAUAGAAUCUGAACCCGCAUUUGAACUGAUACCCACAAAAUCUAAACCUAGACCACCUGAAACAUCUGAGCCUAAAGGGCCUAUUGGUGAGACUUCUGCUACGCCAAUUGGGUCUCUCAAAUUUGCCGAAACUCCUAGCUUUCCUUCUCUUCGUCUUCAAGCUUUAGCACGUGAUGUUUCAGGUGGUGAUGCUGAUAGUGAUGAUCAGGGCCCGUCAAGUAAUUGGUUUGGCUCUUUUUCUGAUGACACUCUCUCUUUGGCUCAGGUUGAGGUGAUAUUUGGUGGUAAAGAAAAUAUUGAAGGCGGAGACGCCUCUGAUUGCACCACACGGAAGUGGAACAGGUGGGGGAAACAGAGCUGGGCUUUUAGAACACCAAUUUCUGGUGGAGUGCAGAGUGCUACAUCAGCUCAUGGCUUACCUCAACCAGCCUUGGCUGUCCGCAAUUUGAUGGAGCAGGCUAGAUUUGCUCAUUUGUGCACUGUAAUGUCUCAAAUGCACCAUCGACGAGAAGGGUAUCCAUUUGGUUCCUUGGUAGAUUUUGCACCUGAUCCAAUGGGGCAUCCUAUUUUUUCAUUUUCACCAUUGGCCAUCCACACAAGGAAUUUGCUAGCGGAUCCUAGAUGCACACUCGUUGUGCAGAUCCCUGGGUGGAGUGGCUUAUCUAAUGCAAGGGUAACAAUCUUUGGUGAUGUUUUCCCACUCCCAGAACACCAACAGGAGUGGGCUCAUAAGCAGUACAUUGCAAAACAUCAACAAGGGCCUUCCCAACAAUGGGGGAAUUUUUAUUAUUUCAGGAUGCAAAAAAUAAGUGAUAUAUAUUUCAUUGGAGGCUUUGGCACUGUUGCUUGGGUUGAUGUCAAGGAAUAUGAAGCCCUUCAGCCUGAUAAGAUUGCAGUUGAUGGAGGAGAGCAAAAUCUCAAGGAACUCAAUGCAAUUUUCUCUAAACCGCUUAGAGAGCUCUUAUCUUCUGAAACGGAGGUAGAUGAUGCUGCCCUCAUAUCAAUAGACAGUAAAGGAACUGAUAUUCGGGUCCGUCAGGGGGCACAGUUCAACAUACAGAGGAUAUCAUUUGAAGAUGGGCAUGCUGUUGAAACAUUAGAGGAAGCCAAGGCUGCUCUUUGGAGACUAAUAAAUAAAGGCCAAGUGCACAAACUAUCUUGCAAAGCAACAAGUAUGGCUACUUUUUCCAUGGCAGAGACAAGUAGUAGUAGUACUAGCAGUAGCAGUAGGAGUAAGAGUAAUAGCAGCAGCAACAUUGGAUCAUCAUCAGCGUUGUCACCAAUAGUUAAGCUAGCUCAGGACCAUCUCUUCACAAUCUUGCUUCUGCUUCCUGUAGAUUCACUUAUCUCCUUUGCCAUGACUUGCAAAAGGUUCAGGUCUUUAACGAGUUGUGAUACACUAUGGGAGUCUAUAUGCAGGAGGGAGUGGGGGUCCACAUCAGUGGAUGCCCUCAAGUCUUCCAUCAAGACCAGCAACAAUCAGCAGUUGCCAUGGAUGAGGAUAUACAAGCAGGUGUCUCAGCUUGACUCAGUUUCUUGCCAUAAACUGUCUGACCCAGAUGGUGAAUUGAUGCUCCCAACCCCUAGGGCUUCUCACUCUCUCAACUUUGUGUCUGAUUGCCUGGUCUUGUUUGGUGGUGGCAGUGAAGGAGGUCAGUCUUUUUCUUUUGAUGCCAAAAGGGACGUUUAUACUGGUUUUUGUCAGAUCAUUAGUUUUGCCUAUCAGUUGUUUACUGUUCCUGAUUCAACUAACCAUGGAUUAGGGUUUCAUUGCUUGAGAAUUUUCUUGCCUCUUGAUCAUGGCUUCAUUAUAUUAGUAGGUUCUAAAUUGAACACAAGUUGCGUUGAGUUGAAGUGUAUAGCCGUUAGAAACGUUCUUGCUGUGUUGGUCUUCUUUGCAGGGCGAGAUCUUGACGAUACAUGGGUGGCAUACAUAGGUAAUGAUUUUCAAAGAACGCUGAAAUGGCAGAAGGUUAAUUCAGGAGUUCCGAGCGGGAGAUUUGGGCACGCAUGCGUUGUCAUUGGUGAUCAUCUGGUUCUGUUUGGAGGAAUUAACGAUCGUGGGAUGCGUCAAAAUGAUACAUGGGUGGGGCAACUAGUGCUCAGUGAGAACCUUGGUGUAACAUUGUCAUGGAGGCUGCUUGAUGUGAGAUCCAUAGCACCACCACCCCGUGGGGCUCAUGCUGCUUGCUGCAUUGAUGAAAGGACAAUGGUCGUCCAUGGAGGGAUUGGAUUGUACGGGCUUCGAUUGGCGGACACUUGGAUUCUUGAACUUUCAGAAAAUUCAUGUUCUGGAACAUGGAGGGAGCUGGUGACUCAUCCAUCACCUCCAGCUCGUUCAGGACAGACUUUGACAUGUAUCCAAGGAAUGGGAACUGUUCUAUUUGGAGGAAGAGGUUUGGGAUAUGAUGUGCUGCAUGAUGUCUGGCUCUUGCAAGUGUCUGAGGAUCAACUCAAGUGGGUACAGAUUCUCUAUAAUUUGCAGGACAUACCAGGAGGAGCCUCCCUCCCACGAGUUGGCCACUCAGCCACACUGAUUUUGGGAGGUCGGCUGCUAAUCUAUGGAGGCGAAGAUUCGCAGCGACACAGGAAGGGCGAUUUUUGGGUAUUGGAUGUUAGCAAGAUCCCAUCAAUUAAAGCACAGCCAACGCCAUUAAACUCAAGGGGAUUGCAGGCAAAUAUGUGGAGAAGGCUCAAGGCAAAGGGUUAUAAACCCAACCACAGAUCAUUCCAUCGAGCCUCUGCAGAUCAUUCAGGGCGUCACUUGUACGUGUUUGGUGGAAUGGUGGAUGGCUUGCUUCAGCCUGCCGAAUUAUCUGGGCUGAGGUUCGAUGGAGAGUUAUUUCUGGUCAAAUUUGAGCUGGAAACAGGAAUCUGA